AUGAGUGAGAAGAGUACAUCGAAUGACGGUGCCAACAACCGCACCCUGAUCAUAACCCUGAGCACAGUCUUGUCCGUUGUUGGCGUGGUGGUGAUAUCGAUAGCAGUGUACCUCUGCCUCCGCAAUCGCCGCAGACGCUUAAAGCUGUUCAACAGAGGAAUCACUCCGAUUGACGACGACGAAAUUGCAACGUGGAAGACGAAUCGCAAUGUCCAGGAGAAAGGCGGCGACAGAUACACAACGCGGAGGUCCAACUCUUCUGCUUACACACACAGGCACGCACCCAGCAACAGCUUGAUACAGUACCAGAGCAAUGUUCGACCUUCCUUGGAUACAUCACCACAGUCCCCGAGGUCAUUCAUUCACAAGCAGAGCUUCGAGGCGCCGCAAUCUCUACCCGGCGCCGUGCUGGCAAAAGCGCCCAACGCUCGGUCAGGGCUGACUGACGAGGCGGUUCCGGGCGACGAGCCUUUUGUGGCUCCCAUCAAACGCCAACCCUCGAAACUGAACAAGGCACCACCCAGUUCAAGUUCGCAGGGCCCCCAGCGUACGCGUGGAUCAAGGAGCAGCAGCAUGAGAAGUUUUGCCGAUGCGUGGUACGGCGAGAACAUGGUGAUUCACUCGCCGCGCACUUCGUACGACACGCCAACCCGUACCACAUCGCGGGUAUACUCGACGUCCACGGCACCUCCGCGGCUGUCUCUAAGCGACACCAACGAUCACUUCGCAACGGUUCUGUCACCACCGCCACUGCACCGCACGGAGAUCGGUCGCGCACUCGGCUGA